AUGGUACGAAUGAGCGUUUUAGCUGACUGUUUAAAAACCAUAAACAAUGCCGAGAAAAGAGGAAGGCGACAAGUUUUAAUAAGACCUUCCUCAAAAGUUGUAAUUAAAUUUUUACAAUAUAUGCAAAAGAAAGGAUAUAUAGGAAGUUUUGAAAUAGUUGAUGACCACCGAUCAGGAAAAAUUGUUGUGAAUUUGUUAGGAAGAAUAAACAAAUGUGCCGUUAUAUCACCAAG